CACUGGGCUGGACUGGGACAGAUGGAGAAAAGCUGGUGUCGUGCUGUAAGACAGUGUCUAGGACAGAGAUGACCGAUCCCAUCACAGGCUACUGGAUUCAGAACUAUAACGCUCCUUGUGUACGGGCCGUCAUCUUUGAGACGGAGAAGGGUCUGUUCUGUAGUUACCAUAAACAACCCUGGGUACGCCGCAAGAUUCAGCAGUUUGAAAUGGCCCGUCUGAGCUCAACAUUUCUCUCGCUUUCCUUUCCGACCUCUCUCACCUCCACCCCUACCACUACCUCCUUACCCUCCUCUCCACCCUCCAUCAACUCCUCUCCUCCCUCUCUCACUUCCACCAGUACCUCCUUAACCUCCUCUCCCUCCUCCUCUCCUCCCUCUCUCACCUCCACCCCUACCUUCUUAUCCUCCUCUCCUCUUUCUGUUUUCUCCUCUCUUUUCCCUCUUUCCUCCUCUUCUCCAUCCGUACCUUCCUCUCCUCCCUCUCUUUCCUCCUCUCCUUCCUAUCUCCUCUCCUCUCUUUUCCCUGCCUCCUCCUCUCCUCCCUCUAUCUCUUCCUCUCCUCCCUCUUUCUCCUCCCCCCGUCAUCGGGAAUCGACCAAGAAUGCCUCAACUCAGCAGUCAACAUCCAACCAAUAGAGUCAUUGCCAAUGGCUGAAGCUCCGCUGAUGUUCAAAACUUCCAAUAUGCAUAUUACAUUCAUAUUGAAUAUCUUAUUCAUAUUGACGUUUUUCAUAGUCUGAUUAUCUAGUUAUACUUGAACUCAGUUGCCAUAAUCAUGUUCAAUGGGUUGUUAGAGUUUUUAUGAAUUACAUUUAAGACCAGUGUUGUAUGUGCCCAUUUUUUUAUUUAUUCAAGUACUUAUGGGGACUUGUAGAACAUUUUUGAUGUUUAGAUGAAUAGGUUCAUAUUUGGCUGUUUGUAAUUCAUCAUGUCAAUAAGUUAUCACUGUUAUUUAAUAAAUGUAUUUAUUUAUUAAGUACUUAUACAUUUACUAUCAAUUAACGUUAUUUUGAAUUUGCAAUAUGCAGACAUCGCUCCACCAAAUCCUGGUUUCUAAAAUGAAAGUUUACAUGACAGAACAAGCAAUGUAAAGUGUAGAGAAUCAUUGUACCAUCCAAACCGCUGUGAAAUAUAUUUUCAAUAUCUCUGAAUACUGUAUUUUCAGCUGUUUGAAUCUGGUGUACAAAACCAAAAGUAAAAGACUCAAAAACAAAA